CUUCAUACAAGGCAUUUGUUUAUUUUAGUUGUUAUCGGUAAAAUUAAAUCUUUGUUUUCGUGGAUAUAAUCGCGUCGUGGCUGUAUGAGAACAAAAUGUGUGUCAACACAGAACGUGACAUGACUUAACACAACAGUAAUAGAUAUUGACGACGCUAAGAUCAACGGCCUAACUCACUGAGCUGCUGCGGUUUGAGAGACAAUGGGUCGACUGGAUGAUGCUGCCAAACACAAAGUGGUGGAGCUGCGGAAAGCUGGUCUGAGUUUCCGUAAGAUCAAAGCUGUCCUGGAGUUGGAGAACAUCAAGGUGUCUGCCCAGGCCAUCUACCUGUUUCUGAGGGAGUUCCAAGGGAGGCCGCCAGGGAGGGUCAGACCUGUGGAAGCCAGAAGCAGCACAACAGCAGAACAAGUGCAAGCUCGAGCUGGGGCCAUACAAGAGAGCUGGAAUAACAUUCAUCUCCAAAACCUACUACGGGAGGCAUCUCACCACAAUGGCCUGACAACUGCAGCAGAAUUUGCCAAACAUGCUUCAUCUAAUCUAGAGUCUAGUGCAAAGCCACCUGGGUAUGGGGAGACAAGUGGUGGAGGCAGCAGGUCACAGCAACACAAGGGAGAUACAGACGAAAAUGACAUCCAGAUUGUUAGCGUCACCUCCCUUGCACAGAACAGCCAACAAAGAGGUCUCCAGUCCAAUGUAACAAGAGCAGAGACGGGCACUGUGACAUCCACGCUACAUGCUGCUGGAACAUCAAUGAGGAGGAGAGUCACACCGUCUCCAGCCACCACUGCAAUGUUGGCAGCUCGAAAGAGGCUUUUGGAUAAAGCACUGUCACAUAGGAUGAAGCAUUCAUACCAGCAGGUGGCGUCAUUGAUAAGGAAAGAUCAUGCAAGUGUCCAGGGUUCUAAUUUGAAAAGUGCAGUGCCUCAGCCACCUCAAACAUACAAUAUGACCACUGAAAAGACUGUUAUGGAAGGUCAACCUGGAGGAGGUGGCGUCCCCAAGCGUUUUCUGACACAGAGACCAGGUCUGUCUGUCCGUUCUCCUCACCCUCCUCCUCCUCGGGUUGGCAUUCGUCUUCCUAAUCAACCACCAGCACCUUUAACAUCCUCAGCUCCUGGGGCUGCCAUCAUACGCUUACAGAAUACUGGAGGCCAGUGUACUACUCAUAGUGAUGGGAGCCCCCAACAGGCUGGCCAGAACCCUGGAGGGAGAGGUGGUCUGCAGGAUCAGAUUCAGACCCUGGGCACUGAGGUGCGUAGCUUGGGCCUGGCAGUGAAGAUGCUUGUGGAGCAGCAGUGUCGCCUGGAGAGGGAGCACGUGCAGCAGACUCACGUUCAGAAGCAAAUUCUCAGCACUCUACAGAGCCUCGCCCUCAAACUGGGACACUGCAGCAGUUCACAAGAGCAGCACAACAAAACUCCCUCACCCUCUACUUUGUCAACAGCUUCUACAUCCACCUCUUUCAGCCAAGACGGCUUCAACUUUAACCAAGGCCCAUACACACAGUGCAGCCAAACCCAGCCAAGUUACAACUCUUUGGACAAUAUAGAAAGUGUAGAGACCUUUAAACUGCCAGCACUGAGUCCAACAAGCAUUAAUGGGUUUCCACCAUGUAGCAAUGCUGAGAGUAUUCCACUUACUCACACACCCCCUCAAAGACAAACAUAUGCAACUGCAUACACAGAGCAAACCAGUCAAACCCUCAUGCCACCCUACACACAAUCCUACGUCUCUUCAUAUGGCCAGUCACAUUCUCAGAGUUUCAGAAUGUCAGAGAGCAAGUCAUCAGAUUUUCCAAGCAGCUGUUCAAUGAGGACUCUCCAGGACUGUAGCGUUUCCACUCAGCCGGGGAUGAACUCCAUCCACACUGCACAGGAUCAGCAGAUCAAUAUCAUCAAAGUGGAGGGACCGUGAAAAGAGUUGAUUCCACAGCAUUUUGUUUAAGGGCUUGGAUGUGUUUCUUAGAUUUUACUGUAGAAUACAUAUUUUAAAAAAUGCAUUUUUUUACAAUUAACAUAGCUUUUAACUACUUUCCCAUGUUCCAUGACUGAAAUAACUGAAGGGUAAUUAAAAAUGUGUUUAUUAAUUAAUGAAUUAACACAUUUUAUAACAAAAAAUGUGUUAAUGAGCAUUACACCUUCACUACAAUAAUCCAUCCACUUGCAGGUGAGACAAGAGAUUCUGAAUAAAGAGCAUGUCCAGCGGAGUUGUUGCCAUGAAGUGAAUGGUCAUUUCACCACCAUAAGCUGUCUCUCACAACAUUUCAGAGAAUUUGGCCACAGGCCACAUCACCACAGACCACAUACACAUACAUUUGAUUGCAUGUAGGAAAUAUUUGACUACCCCUUGUGUUUCUGUGUUGAGUAUGUUUAUUUAUUUAUUUUAUUUGUCUUGUGCUAUCCCUUGUUUUUUCUUCUAUUACACCAACUGUCCGGCUUCACAACAUCCAUGCAAACCUUUCAAUCUGAUCUUUCUAAUCCUGUCCAUCCUGGCCGAAAAUCUCAGACACAGUGCAAUUUCUCUACUUUUCCAUCGGCACCCUUAAAGCAAAAAUCACAUCUGUGCUUCAACAUCUCUUUCCCACAUCUUCGUCGUGUGGCUGCUAAACUUUAUACCUCUGUAAUUACCACGGUUAAUUUUCUUCUCUCAUUUUUCUUAUUCAUCAGCUCCAUAAAACACUCCAUCUCUGUCUUACACCUUUGGAAAUGUAUUUUCAAAGUACAUUUCAAACAGCCAUAGAAAAAAGGGAUAUCAAAGCUUUAGUAGAAAUGUCCUAAGACUUUGUCUGAACCAAAAGCAAUUUAUUUAGAAAAAAAAGUAUAUAAUUUAUAGUUACUGCCUCGCAUUUACAUUUUUCUUUGUGUUAAUUUUUUUCAACCUAUUUUGUAUCAAUAAGACUGACAUUAUGAACUGUUACCUUUCAUACGUCUAUGCUAACUGAUGAUAUAAUUAAAAUAAAGAGCUGAUUGUGAUCUAAAGCACA